AUGCCAUCUUCAAUUAUGAUUCCCGAAGAUAUACCGUUUCGUGGCUACCAACUAAAAGCUCUUGGAUCAUUUAUUACCACAGAUCCAGAGAUUUCCCAGUCAAACCUGUUCAUAAGCGGGUAUUCUGGCACUGGGAAGACCCAUGUGCUGAAGAAAUUUUUCGAAUUGAAUUCUGAACAUUUAGUAUAUGCAUUUUUGAAUCCUGUAGAGUUGGUCAGUUGGAAGCCUUUGUUUCAAGCUGUGGCUAGGGUCAUUCAAUCUACUCUGAACGCAAGAGAUGAUUCUGCAUCCACAUCCAUGGAUCCCCUGCGAGUGGAAGAACCAUACCAUCUGGUCAAUUUUGUAGAACAUACUUUCAAGACACAUUCCACGGCAAAGGGAAGCAUUACUUUCUAUUUGGUUUUGGAUGGAUUUGAUUCUUUACAAGACGUGGAUUUCCAACUUCUAUUGAAAUUUUUGAAAAUUAAUGAAUUGAUAACACAGGGUGAUUUGAAAAUCAUAUAUACAGUUCAAGAUCCGUCGUUUCUUCAAAAAUAUGCAUCCUUCAGUAUACCAAAAAUCGUUUUCCCAAGAUACAAUCAAACAGAAAUUAAUAAAGUGUUACAAACAGCAAAAGUGGAUGAUUUAUCGAAUAGUACAGUUUUCCAUGAAAAAUUAAAUUCAUUCGAUAAUGGGACAAUCUCAACUGAGAUUUGUAAAAAUUUCGUGUACAAUUUCAUUAAUCUCAUAGUUCAAACGUUUCAUUCUUACACAGGUAAUAAUAUCUUUGCAUUAAGUGACCUAAUCGACUUAAAAUGGCCCUCAUAUCUAACUUAUACCAACGAGAAUAACUUUUUUGACCCAAUAGCAUUAUAUAAAUCCUCUUUGCCACUUUUCCUUAGAACCGACGACGGAUUACAAGAUGAUUCAUUGAAAUCCGUACAACUUUCUGGCAGUAAAAAUACAGAUCAAACGUACGAAUUAUCCACGAUUGCAAAAUAUUUAUUGAUUUCAGCGUACUUUUGCUCUUAUUUGGAACCAAAAUAUGAUUUAAGUAUUUUCUCUAAAAAAUCAUACAUAAAAGCAGGUAGAUCAGCAUAUGGUAGACGAAAAAGAGCAAAAACUAAUCCAAGACAUUUACAACCGUCAUUAUUUGCCAUUGAGAGAUUGUUGGCCAUAUUCCAAUCAAUUUUCCCCAGUGAUGAAUUAUUAUCUACUAAUGAAGUAGGCUCCCUAUCUUCUUUACUUGAUGAAGAAGUAUUAAUCAGAGCGAAUGUAGAAGUAUUUCAAAAUUUAGCUGAAUUGAAUUCUCUGAAAUUGAUUAUGACCACAAAUAUAAAGAACAUCGAUUUCUUAAGUUACAAAAUGAAAUGGAAGGUCAAUGUUCCCUGGGAAAUCAUAGUAGAAAUUGCCGACUCAAUCAACUUUGACAUUUCUCAGUAUUUUAGUUUUGUAGAUGAAUAG